AUGUCUAGGGCGGUGCGGAGCAGGCCCGAAUCUGGAGCUGCUGCCGUCCCAGACGAUCAUCCGCCACUGCAGCACGGCAGCGCACGCGGCGCGGCUGCUGGAGAGGCAGUGCGCGGGGGGGAGCGCGGAGACGAAUCUGGCGGCUCUGGAGUUGAAGGGGUGGCAUGUGGUAACCCUACGGGAGCAUUGGAAGACGCUGAAGCCGCGGCAGCACUCAAGCCUGGUUGGUCCUCGGCGGUGAUUCGCAGAGGAGAGGCGCUGGCAGCGCUGGGGCGAGUGAGGGAGGCCCUGGAGGUGUAUGAGAGGUUGGCCGACACAGACGCUGAAUUCAGGCGCUCCAAACAGUUCCUGCGAAAAGUGAAGGAGCUGGAGAAAAAGAUGGAGGCAGCAGCAUGA